AUGCUUCUCGAUGACUGGACAGAUUAUUCAGGAAAACUAAGUUUAGAAGUCAUCAAAAAGAAAUUAAAUGAUAACGUCUAUCUUACACCGUUCGAUUUUUCCUUAGAUUUACGUUUAAUUCUUGAACCUAAAAACGAAAAUGACAAAGCAAAUCCAGUUCAAGCUGCAAUUUUAGAUGAUCUAACGAAUUGGGUUAAUUAUAAACUUUUAAACAUGCCACGUUCUAAAGAAGAAGAGGAUUACAUGCAUAUUCAGAAAUGUAUUGCCAAAUUACAGAAAAUAAUUAAAGCAAUGAUGUAUAAUCCUCCGAAAUCGGCACAUCAAAUCAUAGAUACCGCUCAACACAAACAAAUACCACCUAACAGAGAAGGAUUGCAUUCUUCCCAGAAAAGAAUUGACGCAAUUCAACAAAGAAUAGAAAAAAUCAAGAAACCAGAAGACUUACAAGGUGUCCUUAGAAUCCUUCAGAAAUACGUUCCUCAGCUUACACUUUCAAACGAAGUUGUAAUUGAAGGAAGAUUAAUAACGAAACAAUGUGUUGCAGAGCUUAGAAGCUAUUUGAAUUCUAUUUCCUUAUAA